AUGCCUCCCAAGACCGCCGCCGCGAAGAAGUCUGGCCACGCCAGCUACCAGGACAUGAUCACUGAUGCCAUUGUCAACCUCAAGGACCGAAAGGGCUCUAGCCGUCAGUCCCUGAAGAAGUAUGUCAAGGCAAACAACACUCUCAAUGUCACGGACAACAUGUUCGACUCGCUCUUCAACAAGGCCCUGAAGGCUGGCGUUGACAAGGGCAUCUUCGAGCAGCCCAAGGGUCCUUCUGGUGGCACCAAGCUCGCCAAGAAGCAGCCUGAGCCUAAGAAGGAGAAGAAGCCUGCCCCUGCUCCCAAGAAGGAGGCUGCCGAGAAGGCUCCCGCCAAGAAGCCCGCCGCUAAGAAGGCCGCUGCCCCCAAGAAGGCUGCCGCUGAGAAGAAGCCUGCUGCCGAGAAGAAGGCUGCCGCUGAAAAGCCCGCUCCUGCAAAGAAGGCUGCUCCUAAGAAGGCUGCCGCCGCUGCCACUGAGAAGAAGGCUCCUGCUGAGAAGAAGGCCGCCGCCCCCAAGAAGGCUGCUGCUCCCAAGAAGGCCGAGAAGGCUGAGAAGGCCGCCGAUGCCCCUCUCACCAAGACCAAGACUGGUCGCGUCACAAAGCCUGCCAAGGCCGCCCCCACAAAGAAGGCUGCCGUGUCGAAGAGAGCAGCAGCGCCCAAGAAGGCUGCUGCCUCCAAGGCGUAG